CCACGAUGUGGCACGAGGCUCGGAAGCAUGAGCGCAAGCUUCGAGGCAUGAUGGUUGACUACAAGAAGAGGGCAGAGCGGCGGCGGGAGUACUAUGAAAAGAUUAAGAAGGACCCAGCCCAGUUCCUGCAAGUACACGGCCGAGCUUGCAAGGUGCACCUGGAUUCUGCCGUCGCCCUGGCCGCCGAGAGCCCCGUUAACAUGAUGCCCUGGCAAGGAGACACCAACAACAUGAUUGACCGCUCCGAUGUCCGUGCCCACCUUGACUACAUCCCCGACUACACCCCCCCGCUGCUCACCACCAUAACAGGAGUCGGACGAAGCACACCACGAAGCGCCACUGCAGGCCUGGUGCAGAACGACUUUGCUGGCAUCUCCGAGGAGCAGUGCCUGUACCAGAUCUACAUUGACGAGUUGUAUGGAGGCCUCCAGAGACCCAGUGAGGAUGAGAAGAAGAAGCUGGCGGAGAAGAAGGCUUCCAUUGGCUACACCUACGAGGACAGCACCGUGGCCGAGGUGGAGAAGGUGGCGGAGAAGCCAGAGGAGGAGGAGUCGCCAGCUGAGGAGGAGAGCAACUCGGACGAAGAUGAGGUCAUCCCCGACAUCGACGUGGAGGUGGACGUGGACGAACUGAACCAGGAGCAGGUGGCAGAUCUCAACAAACAGGCCACGACCUAUGGCAUGGCCGACGGUGACUUUGUCAGGAUGCUCCGGAAAGACAAGGAGGAGGCGGAGGCGAUCAAACAUGCCAAGGCUCUUGAGGAAGAGAAGGCCAUGUAUUCGGGCCGUCGCUCCCGGCGCCAGCGGAGGGAGUUCCGGGAAAAGCGACUAAGGGGCCGCAAGAUCAGCCCACCCAGCUACGCCCGCCGAGACAGCCCCACCUACGACCCCUAUAAGCGGUCACCCUCAGAGUCCAGCUCCGAGUCCCGCUCCCGCUCCCGCUCCCCGACCCCAGGCCGUGAGGAGAAGAUCACGUUCAUCACCAGUUUUGGGGGCAGCGAUGAGGAGGCAGCCGCAGCAGCGGCUGCAGCAGCCGCAUCAGGGGCCACCACAGGGAAGCCCCCCGCGCCCCCCCAGCCCGGCGGCCCCGCACCGGGACGUAAUGCCGGCGCCCGCCGCCGCUCCUCCUCCUCCUCCUCCUCCUCCUCCUCUUCUGCCUCGAGGACGAGCCGCUCCCGCUCCGGGGACCGGUACAGGCGGGGCGGCCGGGGCCCCCGGCACCACAGCAGUAGCCGCAGCCGCAGCAGCUGGUCCCUCAGCCCGUCCCGCAGUCGCAGCCUGACUCGGAGCCGCAGCCCCAGCCAGAGCCGCAGCCGCAGCCAGAGCCGCAGCCGCAGCCGCAGCCAGAGCCACUCGCCAUCGCCCCCAAGGGAGAAGAUGACCAGGCCGGCGGCGUCCCCUGCUGUGGGCGAGAAGCUGAAAAAGGAGCGGGAACGCAGAGAGAAGGAGAGGGAAGAAUGGGAACGUCAGUACAGCCGGCAGAGCCGCUCACCCUCCCCCCGCUACAGUCGAGAAUACAGCUCUUCCCGAAGGCGCUCAAGGUCGCGAUCUCGAAGUCCCCAUUACCGACAUUAG